AUAUGGCGGACGAGGAUCCAAACACGAAAGUUGAAAGCGGAGACGUUCCUGCAAAAGAAGAAGAACCGGAGGUUACGGAAACCGGGCAAGAAAAUGUCGCCAACAACACCGACGAGCUCCAGAAGGACAGACCGGCAGACAGCUCCUGGUCGGCGCCGAUUUUGUCGUUUGCUCGUAAAGCGACGGAGACGCUGAGCAGUGGAGUGAAUCAUUACAGCGCGGGGUUAAAGAUACCGGACACAACACAACAACACUGCUCUGAUCCAGUCAAGACAGCGGCUGUGAAGGAUCCUGUGGUGGUGGAGAGAUCGAAUCUGCUAAGCAUGAUGAAGCUCAGCAUUAAGGUGUUGAUCCAGUCCUCUCUCAGUCUGGGCCGGACGCUGGACUCUGAGUAUCCUCCUCUGCAGCAGUUCUUUGUUGUUCUGGAGCACUGCCUUAAACAUGGCCUGAAAGUGAGGAAAUCUUUCAUCGGUCUUCAGAAUAAGUCUAUCUGGGCUCCUCUGGAGAUGAUCGAGAAACUGUGCCCUGAGUCUGCUGACAUUGCCACCAGUGUGCGGGAUAUGCCGGGAAUCAAGACAGGACUUGGUCGAGCUCGAGCGUGGCUGCAUCUGGCCCUAAUGCAGAAAAAAAUUGCAGAUUAUAUGAAGGAGCUUAUAAAUAGAAGAGACCUGCUUGGGGAGUUUUAUGAGCCCGGAGCUCUUAUAAUGGAGGAAGAAGGAGCUGUGAUCGUUGGGAUGCUGGUGGGUCUCAAUGUGAUCGAUGCAAAUCUGUGUGUGAAAGGAGAGGAUCUGGAUUCUCAGGUGUGUGUCAUUGACUUUUCAAUGUAUCUGAAGGAUCCACAAGCAACUGAGAGCAAACAAGACGAUUCAAAAAUGACCGCCAUUCUUGACCAGAAGCACUACAUAGAAGAGCUGAAUCGGCAUCUGAGCUGCACAGUGACAGAUCUUCAGGCCAAGAUGGACUCGCUGGAGAAAACCAACAGCAAACUCAUCGAGGAGCUUACAGCAGCGACGGACAGAAUCAACUCUCUGCGUGAGGAGCAAGAACAGCUUAAAGAAGAAAAUGCAAAUAUUCUCCAAAGUAGUCAAAGAAAAGAGGAGGUGACUCUGCAGGACAGCCAGGUGGAGCUGGAAACGUAUCGACAGACUCGUCAGGGUUUAGAUGAAAUGUACAGUGUGGUUUGGAAACAGUACAAGGAGGAGAAACGAAUCAGGCAGGAGCUGCAGAAGGAGCUGGAGCUGCAAAUCGGCCUGAAGCAGGAAAUGGAAGUGGCCAUGAAACUUCUAGAAAAGGACACGCAUGAAAAGCAGGACACGCUGGUUGCGCUGCGACAACAACUGGACCAAGUCAAGAAUCUCAACCUGCAGAUGUUUAACAAAGCGCAGGCGUCUGACCGAGUGGCCCAGAAGAAGGAGGAGGACAUGGUACAUCUGGAAAAGAAGAUGAUUCAGAUGGAGGCAGCCAUGAAGGAACUGGAGCAGAGGCUUCAGAACUCAGAAGACGUGCAGAAGAACACUGAUGAGCAGCAAAACGAGAUCCGAUCGGAAAUGAAGGGGAAAGUGAACGCUCUGCAGAAGCGGCUCUCUGACCUCGACACGCUCCGGGCAGGACUGGAGUCGGAGCUGAGUACAGAGAAAGAGCAGCGUCAGAUCCUGCAGAAGGAGCUGCAGAGAGAACAGGACAACAGUGCAGAGCUGCGCACACAACUGCAGCAACUUCAGGGCCUGCAGACGGAGCUGCUCGAUCUUCGUCAGGAAAAGCAGCAGCUCCAGCAGUUAUGUGAAGAGCAGGAACAGGCUCUACAGGAGAUGGGCCUUCAUCUCAGCCAAUCCAAACUCAAGAUGGAGGACUUCAAAGAGGUUAAUAAAGCCCUGAAGGGUCAUGCUUGGCUAAAGGAUGACGAAGCUACACAGUGCAAACAGUGCCAAAAAGAGUUCUCAAUCUCUCGGAGGAAGCAUCAUUGCAGGAACUGUGGGGACAUUUACUGCAGCAACUGCUCCAGUAAUGAGCUCGCUCUGCCCUCGUACCCGAAACCAGUGCGCGUGUGUGACGUCUGCCAUUCCCUUCUCCUCCAGCGCAGCUCCACCGGCUCCUGACAGCACUCUGAAUGAUCGUGUGUGUAUGUGUGUGAGAGAGAAACUACAGACCAACUGCAUUAAUCAACUCUCCAUCUUUGUGUUUUUAACACGUAUGCAAUAAAGCACAGGUGUCAAACUCAGAUCCUGGAGGGCCGCAGCUCUGCACAGUUUAAUUCCAACCCAGCUUCAACACUUACCUGUAGAUAUCAAGCCUGAAGGACUCAAUUAGUUUGAUCAGGUUUGUUUGAUUAGGGUUGGAACUAAACUGUGCAGAGCUGUGGCCCUCCGGGAACUGGCUUAGACAGCGGUGUAUUAUAGGAACAUUCCACUUGUUGUUGUUUUUAUUUAGAAAUAGGCUCAUGUCACAAUUCCCCAGAGUUAAACAGUCGAGUUUUACAAUUUUUAAACUUUGAUUUAAUUUUUUUUUUUUUUUUGAGUGAGAUGCUAAUGGUCUAAUCUGAUUCAAUGACUUAUGCUAAGCUAAGCUAAAAGUGGUCUUGCUAUACUAGAUAUUGGCUAAAUAGAUUCAAAAAGAGUCAAACUCAACCGUUAAACUCUUGAAUAGUUGUGAAGUGAGCCCAUUUCCCCCAAAAAAUGUGGAACUGGCUUUGACACCUGUGUAUUAUAGGAACCCUCCACUGUUGUUGUUUUUAUUUGGAAGUAGGCUCAUUUCACAACUCCCCUUGAGUUAAACAGUCGAGUUUUACAAUUUUUGAAUCUAUUCAGCCAAAUAUUUGCAUCUGGCGGGAGCAUUUUAGCUUAGCUUAGCAUAAAUCAUUACAUUUUAUUAGACCGUUAGCAUCCCUCUCAAAUGACUAAAGAGUUUAUAUAAUUUUCCUAUUUAAAGCUUGACUCUUCUGUAGUUACGUUGUGUACUAAGACUAGCAGCAAAUGAAAAGUUGAUAUUUUCUAGGCCGAUUAUGGAUAGGAACUAUACUAUCAUUCUGGCGUAAUAAUCAAGGAACUUUACCACACAAUCACACAACAAAAUUACGCAGUGCUGUGGUCUAGAUGCGUAACUGGAACCAUUUUAGGGGCUACGUAAUAUUGUUACGCCUGCUGUCAUGGUAUGGCAAUGGAGUUCCUUGAUUUUUUUAUUUAUUUAUUUAUUUUUUUUUUUUUUACUAUAUGCCACAAUGACUAUAGUUCCCAUCCAUAUCAACCUAGAAAAUGGCAGCCUAUCAUUUUUCCAUCGAUCUUAGUACACAAUAUAACUACAGAAGCGUCACAAAUUAAAUGGCAAAAUGAUCAAAACACUUUUUUUUUUUUUUUUUGAGCGAGAUGCUAAUGGUCUAAUCCGAUUCAAUGACUUAUGCUAAGCUAAGCUAAAAGUAGUCUUGCCAUACUAGAUAUUGGCUAAAUAGAUUCAAAAAGAGUCAAACUCAACCGUUAAACUCUUGAAUAGUUGUGAAGUGAGCCCAUUUCCCCCCAAAAAAUGUGGAACUGGCUUUGACACCUGUGUAUUAUAGGAACCCUCCACUGUUGUUGUUUUUAUUUGGAAAUAGGCAAAUUUCACAACUCCCCUUGAGUUAAACAGUCGAGUUUUACAAUUUUUGAAUCCAUUCAGCCAAAUAUUUGCAUCUGGCGGGAGCAUUUUAGCUUAGCUUAGCAUAAAUCAUUACAUUUUAUUAGACCGUUAGCAUCCCUCUCAAAUGACUAAAGAGUUUAUAUAAUUUUCCUAUUUAAAGCUUGACUCCUCUGUAGUUACGUUGUGUACUAAGACUAGCAGCAAAUGAAAAGUUGAUAUUUUCUAGGCCGAUAUGGAUGGGAACUAUACUAUCAUUCUGGUGUUAUAAUCAAGGAACUUUACCACACAAUCACACAACAAAAUUACGCAGUGCUGUUGUCUAGAUACUUGGCUGAAACCAUUUUAGGGGCUACGUAAUAUUGUUAGGCCUGCUGUCAUGGUAUGGCAAUGGAGUUUCUUGAUUUUUUUUUUUUUUUUUUUUUUUAUGCCACAAUGAGUAUAGUUCCUAUCCAUAUCAACUUAGAAAAUGGCAACCUAUCAUUUUUCCAUCGAUCUUAGUACACAAUAUAACUACAGAAGCGUCACAAAUUAAAUGGCAAAAUGAUCAAAACUUUUUUUUUUUUUUUUGAGCGAGAUGCUAAUGGUCUAAUCCGAUUCAAUGACUUAUGCUAAGCUAAGCUAGAAGUGGUCUUGGUAUACUAGAUAUUGGUUAAAUAGAUUCCAAAAAAGUUAAACUCUUGAAGAGUUGUGAAGUGAGCCCAUUUCCCCAAAAAAGUGCAGUAUUCCUUUAAUGUCUUUGUGGUACACCGGCUUUCUUUUGACUAAAAGCUUUGAUUCAAAAUCAUAUCAACAGGAGGAUGCUUGGAUGAAUCAGAAAUUAACAUCAGUAUGAAUGUAUUUAUAACUAUAGUCUCCAUUUUAGGGAGAGAACUAACAUGCAUAGGACUUUCAGGUGUUUCAUUGUUUUUAUACUCUUCAUCUUUUUUAGUCUGGAUGUUUUUUUGAAAUUGAUCAGUCUUUAAUUUAAGACCUGUCGUAACUGAAUCAUUAUCAACCUCACUCGUUUGUACUGUGAAGAUGGAGACUGUGCAUGUCAACCAGAAAUAUCACUAUUAGAACGCACUGCUCAAAACACCGGGGACUAAGUCUUAUAUGAAGAUAGUCGCUAUGUUUAUUACUCACACUAACAAUUAAAUCAGUCACAAAGUCUGUAAAGGACUUCUUUAAUAGUAUGCAAAACUAAAGAGCAAAUGGAUUGUAUUUUCUUCAGCAUUUUUGUUUUGUUUUUGCUUAUAUCAGUCUAAAAAGUAAAAACAAAUCUUUUUUUUUUUAAACUAAACUUUUUAAGGCUCUCUGAAUACAAAAAGUGUAUAUUUUAGACUGUAUGACAGAUCCAUGUGUUGUACACUCCUGUUCAUAAAGCUGUAAAGAAGUUUCUGGAGAUUUUAUAGAAUUGUGUACGGUUUAAUAAACACUGCCGCUAACGUA